AUGAAUGUGGAAAGUCCUUCUCCCAGAGCUCAUCUCUUACCCUACACCAAAAGACUCAUAGUGGAGAGAAGCCUUAUAAAUGUAACGAAUGUGGGAACACCUUCAGCCAGCGCUCAACGCUUACUGCAAAUCAGAAGAUUCAUACUGGAGAGAAGCCCUAUUACUGAAUGUGGGGAAGCCUUCAGCAGGAGCUCAAGUCUUAGCGUCCACAUGAGGAGUCACACUAGGGAGAAGCCCUAUCGGUGUACUGAAUGUGGGAAAGCCUUCAGCCAGACCUCAUCCCUUAUAGUGCACAAGAAGAUUCAUACCGGAGAGAAACCAUAUAAAUGUAUUGAAUGCCACAUGGCCUUCAGGGAAAGCUCAGCCCUUCAUGUCCACGAGAGAUUGCAUAAUAGAGAGAAACCUUACCAGUGUAAUCACUUUGGAAAGGCUUUCAGUCAAUUCUGCAGCCUGGAGAAGUUGAGGGUGAAAAGGAAUUUGUUCUGA